AUGAAAGAAAAAGUCAAAUUGAUGUCUAAAGAGUGUAAGAUCAUCAAUUUCUACAAUUUUGGGUCGAUCAAGAUCAGCUAUCCUGGAGAGAAAAAGAAGAACACAGAGAAAAAAGAGGCGGAGAAAAAGAAAAAGAACACCAAACAGACGAAACCCAAGAAUCAAUGCAAAAAAAAAGAAAAAAAGGAGAAAAGUAGCGAAAAACUUCAAGAAAAAAUCGAGGAAAACAGAGACCAAGAUAUUUUGAAAAACACAUUUACAACUUUCGAUGACUUUCCUGGAAAAGUCAACGAAUCACUCAUUUCACAAGAUAAUGAAAUUGGAACGACAGGUAAUAAGAGGGACGAAAAAAGAGAAAAAACCGACUGCACAACAGCAGCCAACGCGGAAAAGGCGGUUGAACUUUGUACACCCGAAGAGAAACAAGGUGCGUUGACAGAAAAACACAAAGAGAAGCGUCUUGAGGGCAUACCAAACGUAGAGAUUUCACAAGAAUGCAGUUUUAAAGGAAUUCCUGCAAUUGAAAAGACUCUGUACAUGAGGCACCGAUCGUAUUUGAAUGCAUGGACAAAGUGCACAUCGUUCGACCAAAUUUUCGAUAGUAACGAUUCGGGGUUGACCACUGCGGCGUUUAACGAAAAGGUUGGUGGACAAAAAAAUGUACUAUUAUUGAUCUUUAGCAAGAAGGGAUACCUCUUUGGGUCGUUCCAUUCAUCCGUCCCAACAGAGCCAUCGAUGCUUAGAGACGACCCAAAGCACUUUGUCUUUUCGCUGUCCUCUCCGUUUUUGGAAACACCCACACAGUUUAUGGGAAAUGGGAUAUUGCACACACAUAGUUCGGAGGACGACUCGACUGUGUUUGACUUGUUUUCAGGGUACUCAGUUUAUGAAAACAACACCGUGAUGGUCUACUCAACGUUUGCACAGGCUUACGGCUCCGACCCGAAGAACCUCCUUGGUAAGAUAAAUUCCAAAACAACAAUCAACAAGUUAGUCGCAUUCACUUGCAUCUAA